AUGUAUCCUGUGAAUGGCGAAGGCAGCGGGUACGUUUGCAAGAAAUGCAAACGGGGCAACAGUAGCGACAAAAAUGAGAUCGUAUUCUGCGAUAGCUGCAAUACACCAUACCACCAGCUUUGCCACAACCCUCCGAUCGACCAGAUCGUAGUCGCCGUGCGGGAGGCGAGGUGGUUUUGCAACCAGUGCGAGGCGAAACAAAAAAUCAUCCCGCUCGAGACAGGCCAGACGGGCGAGAACCUAGAGCCCGAAGUGAGGAUGGCGUAUCUUGCAUCUUUGUCGAAAUCGCAGCUCAUCCAGCUCAUCCGCUAUGCGGAGACACAGUACCCCACACUACCUAUUUAUUCACCUCGCACCCAAGAACUUUAUGAAGAAAUGAAACGCAAGAUGGACGAGAAAGCUGCUGUGCUUCCGGAGAGGAGGAACUUUGAAGAUACGCUUGUUGCAGUUAUUGCUGAGAACGGCGCAGGCGGGAUCGAGCUGCCUAUGAUCUGGCGAAAACUCGAAGAGCGAUCAUCGCACGGGAAGAUUCCUUCGUCCAUGAAGCAUUCUGCAUCAAGAGCCCUGCAGAGACUUUUGCGGAAAGGACGAGUCACGAAAAAGGCCGACCUUUAUUUCAUGAACUCAGAAUAUCAACCGUCGUCAGACAUCGCUCUCACACAACUACUAAAGGCGACAGACAAGGUGAUGUUUUCGUACAUGCCACUGCGUAUGGUGAUCGAUAAGGAUGAGCUGGCCAUUGAGGAAAACGACGCAUUCAGCCACAAAAUCUAUGUAUAA